UUCCAGCAGUAUUGCUGAACACAUCAACUGGAGAGAUAGAAUCUGAGUUUCAUUCUUACGUGCAGCCUCAGGAACAUCCAAUUCUUUCUGAAUUUUGCAUGGAACUGACAGGCAUAAAACAGACUCAAGUUGAUGAAGGAGCCCCUCUGAAGAUUUGCUUAUCUCAAUUCUGUAAAUGGAUUCAUAAGAUUCAACAAGAGAAGAAAAUUACUUUUGCUGCUGCAAUUCCAGAGCUGCCUUCUUCUGAAGUAAAAUUAUGUGCAUUUGUUACCUGGUCAGAUUGGGACUUGGGGGUUUGCCUGGAGUAUGAAUGCAAAAGAAAACAGCUGUCAAAACCUGUGUUUUUAAAUUGUUGGAUUGAUCUCAGAUCAACAUACAAGCUCUUCUACAGGAGAAAACCAAAAGGACUAAGUGGUGCUUUGCAGGAAGUAGGAAUAGAAUUCUCAGGACGAGAACAUUCUGGGUUGGAUGAUUCUCGGAAUACUGCCCUUCUUGCUUGGAAAAUGAUCAGGGAUGGUUGCCAAUUGAAAAUUACAAGAUCCUUGAACAAGGUACCCACUAAGAAGAAUCCCAACAUUCUGGCCAGAAAUUUGAACACGAAGCAAGCCGAAGAAACGUCUGUCCACAGCAUCCAGAGUCCUAGUAUAUGCGAUGUGGAGCUGAAAAACACAAUAGAUUCCCAUGAAAAAGUUCAAGGAAGGUCAGUUGAUGUGACUGCUCCUAUAAAGGCACAGCAGGACCAGUUACAACUGCAGAGCAAUGUGAAAGCAGGCCUUCACAAUGUCAAACAUUGCUCAUAUCUUCUUAAUACUAAGCCUUCUCCUUGCCCGGGGCAGUUGCAGUCUCCCACCUUGAAUUCACCUAUCUGUAUGCAGGAACAAAGAAAGAAUGAACAUCUUGCAUUUAAUACCAAAUCUAAGUCUUCAAUGAUUGGUUCAGAACUGGUACUUGUUUCCACCACCGUUUCAUCUGUUAAUCAUGUUUCUGAUACGGAAAUGAGUUCUGCUCUUGACUGUUUGCCUAUGUUGGCUGAUUGGGAGGAUUUAGUUUUGCUCCCAGCAUCUCAGCCUGAGCAAAAUAUAGAUUAUGUACAUCCCAUUAGUAGCUCAAACGUAGAUGCUUCAUUUAAUUCUAGAGAAAGUCUAAUGGUUUUAAAAGAAUCAGAAAUGCUAAAUGUCAAAGACUCUGGAAGCAUCGAGAAAACUCCUCAAAGAUCCGAGACUCCCAAGUCCAUUGUGUACAAGAGCCCUCAUACUACUAUUUAUAACAUAAGAGAAGCCAAAGAACCAGGUUCAGAUGUUUCCGCCUUUAAGUUACCUGAACAAAAAUCAAGUGCCUUCAACAAUAUUAAUGCCAAUGUGUGUCAUCCUUCUGUUUUGAGGAAACAUCCUUUUCUUUUAGGUGGUGCUAAAAGGAAUUCAUCCAGUCCCACAACUCUUCCACCAGCUAAAAAGCAGACCUUUACUAUUCAUGAAGAAAAGCCGGCAUCAUCUGAUUGCUCCCGAGUAAGAAGCUCUCCCCAGAAGGUUCUCCCCUCGGUACUAACUUCUACAGUUAACCUACAAGAGCCUUGGAAGAGUGGGAAAAUGACACCUCCCUUAUGCAAGUGUGGUCGAAGAUCUAAGAGACUUGUUGUUUCUAAUAAUGGACCAAACCAUGGAAAAGUCUUCUACUGUUGCCCUAUUGGAAAAUACCAAGAAAACAGAAAAUGUUGUGGUUAUUUCAAAUGGGAACAAACACUUCAAAAGGAGCGCGCCAACAGCACAGUCCUGUCUCACUGUACAGGGAGACCCACUUCUGCUUCUCCAGAAACAAGCCCUAUUCUUGACAGAACUUUAAGUUUUCCUAGUAAAAACUGUUUGAAACUCAGACCUUCAAUGAGGAAUUGAUAAACUUUAUUUAUAUAUAAACUAUGUUGUUACUAGUAACUUUUCGCUUACGAAAGAUAAUGCGGGGCUUCUACGGACUGAGAGACCAUAUCUAGCUCUGUAUUAGACACACACACACACACACACACACACACACACACACACAC